AUGAGCACUCGUGGGCAACAGGCUUCCAAGCUCCCUCCUCUCCCUCUGGGAUCUCUCAACCAUGUUUCAUUCUUGUGCGCAUCCAUCAAAGACUCUGUCAAGUUCUACCAGGAAGUGCUUGGCUUCGAUCUCGUGAAACGACCAGCAUCCUUGGACUUCGAAGGAGCAUGGCUCUAUAAGUAUGGGAUUGGCAUACAUUUACUGCAACGAGGUCCAAAUUCUGAUGCCCUGGCAAAGUCAUCCGCAAUCAAUCCAAAAGAUAACCACAUCUCCUUCCAAUGUACCGACAUGGGAAUGGUAAGGAAGAAGCUGGAAGACAUGGGAAUAAAUUUCGUGAAUGGCGUGGUUAAGGAAGGAAAUUUGGAGGUCGAUCAAGUCUUUUUCCAUGAUCCAGAUGACAAUAUGAUUGAGAUUUGUGAUUGCCAGAAGCUCCCUGUUGUGCCUCUAUCUUUUUCUUGUCUCCCCAAGCAAUGGCAUAGCUCCUUCGAAGGUAAGUAGAGAAUUCAACUUCGGCUAGAUGGUAGUCACUUAUGUACUUGUUAAAUCUCAGCAGGUAAGUGCUAAUGAACGAAGCUCUACAAUAUGGUGCUGUGAAGAAAAUGUUGAAGAGACUUGGAAGACCAAAUUGAUUGUUGCACAACUUGUACAACGCUGGUUGUUUUGUAAAGCUUGCCCUCUCUGUAGCUGACUUUGUAGAGAAGGGUUUGCUUUCCUCCGUGAAUCAUAUUCCUUUGUAAGUAUUUUCCUUCAGUGAAACAGGGUGGCAAUCUUUGCUUCCCUUUUCUUCAAAACAAAGAUUGUUGCGCAAAUUGUUUGCAAGAACAUGCUGUAUGUGUUUUAGGACUGUUGUAUUGAUUCAUAAGGAAUGUUCUGUCAUUUUUAAGAUACAUUCAGAGAAAAUGGAAAAUUUUGCAAAAAAAUAUUAGUAUCAUGAAUGGUAAGUCAAUAAGAAUGGUACACAAUUGAAUAUUU